AUGCAAAAGUUCUUCCUCAUCGCCGUUUUCCUCAGUGUGUUGGCGGUCAGCGUUUUUGGAUUUGAGGAAGGAGACGAGGUCAUCAGCAGGGUUUACAGAGCACUUUUGUCAAAGGCCAAGAGAAGUCCCUCAAUGGGUCUCUCGCUUGCCGAAUACAUGGCUAAAUUGAGAAAAAAAAAACAAUUCUCUCAAUUGCUAAUUACAAACAUCUCAACGUUAACAUCAACAUUCAUCAAUCAAAUUAUUGAU